GACGACGACUGCACGCUUCUUUCGUACGCCGCGUACUGUUGCGCGUUCGCGUUGCGACUCGCUACAAGCCGACUGCCGUGUUAACAGAAAAUCAACAACUCGCGUAUCCGUGGCAACCUGACGAAUCAAAGGCCGCAGAUCCAGGAGAGACAACCGUAGGAAUAGUAAUUGAACGUGAUUGGCAUCCGCCUUCAGAGAUGCAACAAAUCCGGUUCGAUUGCUACUCAACUCUCAACUGUUGUCUCCGCCGAACGCAUAGAGCGACGAAGGUAAACUGCACACACGGAUUUGCCGUGUAAUCUUCGGUUCGUUCCCCGCAUUCGUUAUCAUGGGCAACGAGGAGGUAGAUAUAAUUAGCGUGGCGCAGAAAUCCGAGAAGAAAACUCUGUUGGAGAGGUACAACAUACCGGUCGAGAAUCUCUCGUACGAAUUCAUAUCGCGAUGCACCGAUGGAAAAACACUGGAGCGAAUUGUUCUCAUAUUGCGUUCUGGCGAAGAAGGAGUAUAUCCAGAUUUGAUAAAGCACGCGGAGAAACGUCUCAUUAGCAUUAAACCGACAAGCGUUAUUUUGAGGAAAGCGGAGCCAGUUUUGAGGCGAAAUAUGUUGAAUGCGGACGAACGGCAGGAAAUCGACGACGACAUCAGCAAUUGGACGUGCGAGAUGCAAUCUCGCGAGAAGGACUUGAACAAAGGAAAAGCCGUCCUUGCCAACGAUCCCUCCGCACAACCGGACAUUCGAGAGAUUAAAAUGGAUAUUGCCAAAAAUAAAAAGACGAGGAGCAACGAGAAAAAGCGCGAUAAGCCCAAACGAAUAUCCUCGUGUGAUUAUACGGCUUGGGAUAAAUACGACGUCGACACGGAAAUAAACAGGAUAGACUUGCAGGACGAGCAGCGACAGACCGAAAUGAAGAGAAUCCAAAAACGGCAAAAGGAGCUGAAUAAAAUGAAUAAGAUGGCACAUAAAGCGACCGUCGAUAAACUUUCAUUAACCAGCACGGAAAUAAACGUAAUGGCGGAGCAAGAGAGAGAAAAGGGAAACGAAGCCUUCAGAGCAGCUGAUUACGAGGAAGCCCUUCGGCAUUACAACGCUAGCAUUGAAAUAGAAUCGAAUCUAAAUGCUUACAACAAUCGCGCCAUGACAUUUAUAAAGUUGCAACGUUAUGAGAAGGCGCUUAACGACUGCAACACGGUGCUUACCAUGGAUUACAAAAAUGUCAAAGCGCUACUUCGUCGAGCAUUAUCCUUGGAGCAUCUCGAAAAGGCGUACGAGGCUCUGGCAGAUUACGAAGCUGUUUUAAAAUUGGAGCCAACUAACAAAACGGCGAUAUCUAGCGUGAACAAGCUGAGAAAACCAUGCGAAUCGAAAAAAAUAAGGAUGAACAUCGAAGAAGAAAAUAUCAGCGGCGACGAAGACAAGGCCAAGCGAGGAAUGAAGUCGAAGAGAACUGUGGAAACGAACGGCAUCAAGUGUCCGAAACAGCGUGUUAACAACGAUAUAUGUUAUUGCGACAGAGCGCCAGGCUCGUCGCAAAGUGUUGCGACGAAGCCGCACUUAAAAGCGAGUUACUGCGUGGAAGCCGAGAGUAACAAAGCUGCAACGGCGGAUGCUGCGGCAAAUAAAAGCAGCGGGAAAACAACACGCGACUCUUGGCGCGGCAAUAAAUUAUCACCUGUUGCAAAGGAUUUCGGCGGCAGAAAUAAAACGACGAAAUCGUAUCUUGACGCUAUCAAGAGUGACGAUAUGUUUACGAUUUCACGCGAGUCAUUUCCCGGACAACGUGGCCUACAAGGUAGAUUGGAAAAGUCCAUUUUUUCGUGCGUGACGUCACCUCGGAAAAUGAAACCCUCCACUGUUAUCAUUGAAGAACUUCCGAGCGACGAAGGAAGCGAGGUACCGAGGAAAAUUAUCGAUCCUGACGAUACGAAGGUGGAAACGAAGAAGAAAACGAGUCCGAUUGAAAAGAAAAAUAUAUCGACAAAGAAAUCGUGUCUGAGUAAAAACAAAGGAUUAAUCUCUCUUGGAAAAGAGAACAGAAUUAAGACGAGUUUAAUGCCGAAUAAAAUUCAGAUAGUUAACGAAUGUGAGAAACCGAGAAAAAAUAUCGAUUCUAGCGAAAUAAGAAUAGAAAUGAAGAAAAAAGCGAAGCCAAAAGAAGACACGCCAAUAAAAAAAUCAGAUUUAGAUAAGAAUAACAAAAUUAUUUCUCCUGAAAACGAAAGCAAGAUUAAAACGAGUGUAACGUCAAAUAAAAUUAUGUCUAAUGAAUAUCAAAAAGAAAACGAAAAAUUGGAAAUCGAACUUCAGAAAUUGGAAAAUGUCGAAUCACCUUACGAAUUUUUACGUCUGUGGCAAUCUCUGAAGGACAAUGCUAAUUUGAAAUUACACGCGAAACUUUUGAGGUGUAUAGCACACGAAGACAUGAAUAAAAUUAAGGAAAUAUAUAUAAACACUCACCAUCAUCACGUCAGCCAAAUAUCGUAG